AUGCUCAUCGCAUCUGAGAGGAGCAUCAGCCCAACUUUCUCCGAAUCGUCUAUAAUUCCGAUGGCAUCCAUCUCAACGAACUUGUCCGAGGCUGAUUCCAUCUCCGUUUCCAACGUCGCUCCUUUGAGUCACGAUAGCCAGUGGUAUAUCAAGGAAGACAAUGUCGAGAUACAGGCUGGGUCAACGCUGUUCAGAGUCCCCAGCUACUCGUUUCAUCGGGGCUCAGACGUGUUCCGGACACUGAUGAAUGAGCGCCCAAAGGACGCAGCGGGCUCGGUGUCUCCAGUCAAGCUUCCAGACUUCAUUACAGCUGAGGAUCUGAGACGAUUCUUAGAGAUCUUGUACCCGAUUGUAUUCGGGAUCUAUCCCCUCCGUUCUGCCGAGGAGUGGAUCUCAGUGCUCCAUGUGGCGAACUACUUCGACUUCGAGUCCAUCAAGGCCCUGGCAAUGCAGCAGCUCGACGGCGUCGCGAGCGCGGUAGAUAAGAUCAUCUGCGCGAAGGCCUACGGCGUCGAUGCCUGGCUGGAAGCGGCGUACGCAGAUAUCUGCGUCAGCUCGGAACCGCCCACGCUGGACGAGGCGGAGCGACUCGGCUUGCAGACCUACGCUCAGAUCAUGACCGCACGGGAGAAAGCUCGAGGCCCCGUCAGAUGUAUCCUGCGUCCUGAGGUCGACCGGAUCAUCAGGACCGUGUUUGGCCUGAGCACACCCAGCGACUCAGGCGAUGCACCUCCAGGUGAACGCCCAGUUUCCAGGGCGAUGACAUUCACGCCGGAGGGUGUCGAGUCACCAGCGAACGAGAGCGUCGCUCUCCCAGUGUCUCCGAGGGCUACUACGCCCACGCCUGUCCCGGAUCCUGAACCCUUUUGGGGGGAAGAAGCAGCGAUUGCGCCUCCACCGGCGCAAGCGGCGGCCGAUAGCAAAGGUGGCGACGUCAACGUACUUGCGUAUUUGAAUCUAUACCAGAGCUCCUCCGAGAGAACUGAAAGAGUCGAAAGUAGCGAUGACGUCGGACGAUGGCGUAACGUGGCAACGCCUAACCCGGCUUGGGAUGACCGUAGCGUCGUCGUAAAUCCGAGCCGCUCGUCGACAAGACGAACAUCAGGAGACGCGAUGCCCAAGUGGCGAUGA